CUAAGGCUGUCCUGGCAUUAUUGCUUAAACAUUUGAGCCUCUCAACUCUGGAAAGUGAGGACUGUAGGGAAACUGAGAUGAAGAAAAGCAAAGUCUGGGAGAGCGAGGAUGAUGUGGUGUUAAAAGUCCCCUUGGACUUCCCUGGUGGCACGGUGGGUAAGAAUCUGUCUGCCAAUGCAGGGGACACGGGUUUGAGCUCUGGUCUGGGAAGAUCCCACAUGCCACGGAGCACCUAAACCCGUGCGCCACAACAAGAGAAGCCACCACGAUGAGAAGCCUGCACACCGCAACAAAGACCCAACACAACCAAAAGGGCGGAAAGAGUGCCUCCUUUCCAUGGAGCAGACAGGUGAGUCCAUCCCACACCCUCUGUAUCCUUUAUAAAGCCCAGUAUAGCUCACAUUGUAGGUAGUGGACCAAUUCUUGUUUAAUAGAAUGAUGAAUAAGUUACCUUCCUCUCUUUUGUAAUAGGAAAGCUGAGGCCAAAGAGUUUAUUUUGUAAAAAUUUUGACACACUCAGCUUCAAAGAUAAAACACAAAGAAAAGCAUUCCAAAGACAAAAGUGAUUUUGUUCAUAUUUUAUAUUGGAGUAUCUUAACUGUGGAGAUUCUAAUGUGUCGGUCCUGGGGGGAUCUUAGGAGUCAGUAGUUUAAAGUUUCCCAAAUGUUUCCGAUGUGCAGGUUGAGUGAAGUCCUGAGCUAGAAAAACGCAGAAUGUUUCCCAAACCAUAUUGUGCAACAGAAUCACCUAGGAUAGUGCCUCUCAAACUUUAAUGUGCACACAAAUCACUUGGAGAUCCUGUUUAAAUGCAAGUUCUGAUUCAGGAGGUCUGGGCUGAAGCCAAGAUUCUGCAUUUUCUAACAAGCUCUGGAGUUUGCCGGUGCUGCUGGUUCACGGAUUAUACACUGAGUAGCAGCAAGGCCCUAGGAUGUUGGAGGAAAUACAGAUUCCUGAGUCCCACUCUCGGGGGUUCUGAUUCGCCUAGUUUUUAGUGAGACUCAACAAUCUGCAUUUUAAAAAGUUCCCUAAGGUGCUCGUGAUGCCCAGACGGAUUUACCAAAACCUGGGAACCAAUCCUGGCUCAUUAACCUCUUGUGUGACCUUAAGCAAUUCUUUCCUCUCUAUAGGUCUCAUUUUCCUCCUCAAGGAUAGAUAAGUUGAUUUCUUAGGCCCUUCCAGCUCUCACGUUUAAGGAAACCUCCAUAACAGUUUAGGACCAAUGGCGGCCUGAGUCUGAGAACUACAAUCCCCACAAUGCGCUGUGCUGCUCCGCUCCCUUGUGGGAUCUUGAAAGAGGAUCGCUCCUGGAGGCACUCCCCACAAUCCUUUGCGGUGCUUCAAGGUGGCGGCGCCCAGUGGCGCCAUGAGCGAUCUGGAGAGCACCAGCAGCAGCAGCAGCGAUGAGGAGGAGCUGGACCGGUGCCGCGAGGCGGCGAUGCCGGCCUGGGGCUUGGAGCAGCGCCCGAGGGGCCCGGAGAAGCCAAGAGCCGGUGCUGCAAAUACUCAGUUGCCAACCACCCAACCGAGCCUCAGGCACAAGGUGGAUGAGCACGAACAAGACGGCAACGAGCUGCAGACCACCCCUGAAUUCCGAGCGCACGUAGCUAAGAUGCUGGGAGCCCUGCUGGACAGCUCCAUUACCAUCUCAGAAGUAGUGAAGGAGCCAAGAAAGGCUGAGGUACCGAGAGGCGUCCUGGAGGAUGAUGGCUUCCGCCUUUUCUUCACGUCCAUCCCUGGAGGCCCUGAGAAGGAAGCUGCUCCCCAGCCCCGCCGGAAACGGUUGCCUUCCAGCUCCAGCAGCGAGGACGGCGACGAGUUGCAGCGCUGCCGGGAGGCGGCUGUGUCAGCCUCUGACAUCAUCCAGGAGUCCGCCAUCCACGGCCCUGGCAACAUGGAGAAAAAGGCAAAGAAGAAGAAAAGGAAGUGGAAAAAGAAAGCCAAGGAGGACAACACCAACCUCGCCCCAGCGGCCACCACUGCAAGCAAGACCGCAUCUGGGGAGCAGGGAAGGGAGUCCGCCGGGCUCAACGGAGACCAGGCACUGUUUGGGACCAAAAAGAAGAAAAGGAAGAAAAAGGCAAAGAGGGCCAGUGAGACCUCCCCGUCCCCGCCAGCAAAAAGCGCAGCAGCCGUGCCUGCAAACUGAGCCCCACCUGUGAGCACGGGGCCCAGCUCAGGCAGCUACGGGGGACAAGGCAUGUCCAAGCUCCGCCUCCCUCUCCAAGUGCAAGGACUUGGCUAGCAAGUCUAGACGUCGCCCAUGACUGGGGCUGGCCCAAGGGUCGGGGCAAAGAAGCGGUUGUAGGGCGAGCAAGGCCUGCCCUUCUGUGCUCCCACUGGGGCUGGGGCAGACCCGUGGUACCAGAACAUUCUGUGGUCUCAGGAAGAAGGAGGAGCCUCCCAGUCAUUGAAGGCUGAUGGCCAAGUGGUAGAGCUUCCGCCUCCUCAGCCUGGUGUGGGACAUGACCUGAAGAAAACGAGGGAGGGUGUCCCCGAGAUGCCAAGCCCCAGGAGGAGUUUUGUGCAUCUCCCUCCAAGCCACACAGACCUGAUAUAACAUUGUCUGGAAAAGGAGAGAGAUCCCUGCCUCCACCUGGUUUUCCAGAAUUUUCUUUCUUCACAUUGUGAAUACACCAUGCAUGAUCAUGUC